GAACAAGGUUUACAAGAAUAAUCUCAGGAAUGAUCGGCUUUAUGUAUGAGGAGCAUUUGAUGGUUGUGGACCUGUGCUCAAUGGAGUUCAGAGGGACAGUGGGGUUGGUGGAGGGAUGUAUGGUUAAGUAAACCUACCGAAUGCUGGAAAGCCUGGAUACAGUGGACAUGGAGAGGAUGUUUCCAUUAGACGGAGAGUCUGUGAUCUGACAGCAUAGGCUCAGAAUAAAGACGCUUCCCUUUAAAAUUGAGUUAGACCUGCGGUGAGAGAUUUAUUGGUAUAAAAAACCCAACUGGAAGCAAACCACGACUGAAGAUGAGGGAACAUCAACAAGUGAACCAGCCCGAGGAUUGAGAGCAUCAACUGAAGAGAAUCCAUCUGACUCGGAGAUUCCAGUGAUUCAGUCAGGAGAAAGUUUGGUUAAAAACGAGAAGGAAUUUGUCUCCCAGAAGCUCAAACAUGGCACACCAGUUUUGCUGUCUCUGUCUAGAUAUUUAAGAGGUGAAGCAAGGGAUUCAAUCAACCUUCCUAUCUGAUCAGACUACGGGGCAGGAUUCACUCAGUCAUUUGACCAACUGGCACCUCCAUUAUUUUACACAGGGGAGAGCCCAUUCUUCUGCUCAGGCUGUGGGAAUGGAUUCAGUCAGUCAUCUCAACUGAAGGUACAUCAGUAAGUUCACAUUGGGCAAGGUCAUUCACCUGUUCUGUGUGUAAAAAAAAUAUUUAGUCUGUCAUCCCACCUGUGGACCCACCAGUCAGAAGCUGGUCAUCUGCUAAAUUUCUGGGGAAGGAUUCACUCGGUCAUCUGACCUAAUGGCUCACCAGUCAGUUCACACAAGGGAGAAGCCAUUCACCUGCUCAGACUGCGGUAAGGGAUUUACUCGGUCAUCUGACCUAAAGGUACAUCAGCGAGUUCACACUGGGGAGAAGCCAUUCACCUGCUCAGUCUGUGGGAAGGGAUUCACUCGGUCAUCCUACCUGCAGAAUCAUAAGCAAGUUCACACUGGGGAGAAGCCAUUCAUCUGCCUAGAAUGCGGGAAGAAAUUCACUUCGUCAUCCAGCCUGCGGAGUCAUCAGCGAGUUCACACUGGGGAGAAGCCAUUCAUCUGCUUAGAAUGUGGGAAGAAAUUCAUUUCGUCAUCCAGCCUGCUGAGUCAUCAGCGAGUUCACACUGGAGAGAAACCGUUCACCUGCUCAGAAUGUGGGAAGGGAUUCACUCAUUCAUCCAGCCUACAGAGACACCAGCAAUCUCACACUGGAGAGAAGUCGUUCACCUGCUCAGUCUGUGGGAAGGAAUUCACUCAGUUAUCCAACCUGCAGAGUCAUCAGCGAGUUCACACUGGAGAGAAGCCAUUCACCUGCUCAGAAUGCGGGAAGGGAUUCACUUUCUCAUCGACACUUAAGGUACACCAGCGAGUUCACACCAGGGAGAAACCGUUCACCUGCUCAGUCUGUGGGAAGAGAUUCACUUUCUCAUCUAACCUGAAGGUACAUCAGGUGGUUCACACUGGGGAGUGGCCGUUCACCUGUUCAGUCUGUGGGAAGGGAUUCAUUAACUCAACUGAACUGAUAGUUCAUCAACGAGUUCACACUGGAGAGAGGCCAUUCACCUGCUCAGACUGUGGGAAGGGAUUCAUUAAGUCAGAUGAACUGAAGGUUCAUCAGCGAGUUCACACUGGGGAGAGGCCGUUUACCUGCUCAGACUGUGGGAAGGGAUUCACUUCCUCAUCUAACCUGAUGACACACCAGCGAGUUCACACCGGGGAGCGGCCGUUCACUUGCUCGAACUGUGGGAUGAGAUUCGCACGGUUAUUCACCCUACAGUGUCACCAGCGAGUUCACACUGGGGAGAAGCCAUUCACCUGCUCAGACUGUGGGAAGAGAUUCACUCAGUCAUCUGACCUAAAGGCUCACCAGCGAUUUCACACCAAGGAGUGUCCAUUCACCUGCUCGGACUGUGGGAAGGGAUUCACUUUGGAAUCGACUCUAGUGAAACACCAGCGAGUUCACACUGGGAAGAAGCCAUUCACCUGCUCAGUCUGUGGGAAGGGAUUCACUUGCUCAUCCCAACUGAAGGUACAUCAGCAACUUCACACUGGGGAGAAGCCAUUCACUUGCUCAGAAUGUGGUAAGGGAUUCACUAUGUCAUCUCACCUACUGAUACACCAGCGAGUUCACACUGGGGAGAAGCCGUUCACCUGCUCAGACUGUGGAAAGGGAUUCACUUGCUCAUCCCAACUGAAGGUACAUCAGCGAGUUCACACUGGGGAGAAGCCAUUCACCUGCUCAGAAUGUGGGAAGGGAUUCAGUCGGUCAUCCAGCCUACAGAGUCAUCAGCGAGUUCACACUGGGGAGAAGCCAUUCACCUGCUCAGAAUGUGGGAAGAGAUUCACUCGGUCAUCCCACCUACUGAAACAUCAGCGAGUUCACACUAGGGAGAAGCCGUUCACCUGCUCAGACUGUGGGCAGGGAUUCAGACUGUCAUCCCACCUACUGAGACAUCAGCGAGUUCACACUGGGGAGAAGUCGUUCACCUGCUUAGACUGCGGGAAGGGUUUCACUCGGAUAUCCAACCUGCAGAGUCAUCAGCGAGUUCACACUGGGGUGAAGCCAUUCACCUGCUCAGAAUGCGGGAAGGCAUUCACUCGGUCAUCCACCCGACAGAGACACCAGAAAGUUCACACUGGGAAGAAGCCAUUCACCUGCUCAGUCUGUGGGAAGGGAUUCACUCAGUCCUCCACCCUACAGAAACACCAGUCAGUUCACACAUUCUGAGCUAUUCACCUGCUCAGAAUGUUGGAAAGGAUUCAUUCAGUCAUCCCAACUACUGGCACACCAGUCAGUUCUCAUUGUUAUUAAUCCCUUGCUUUUGCUUGCUGAGGACAUUCAUUUUAAGAGAGAGAGUGAUUAAGAAGGCAAAUCAGUCUGGCUUGCAGCUUGUUUACAUCACUCACAGCUUGUUUAGUUUUAACCGAGGAAUCAGACACUCAGAGUCAGAUGGAGAUAAAGGAGGAAAAAUGGAAGGAUCGAAACCAGGGAACUAGUGGCCAAGAGUCACUGUUUAGAGCUUUCCUAUGCCCACAAGUGUGGGUUAAGUAUUCAUUCACCAUGCAUCGAAUGUGUGGUUGUCACCUUGUUUGAUCCAUAGGUGUGGAUCAGAUUUAAGGUAUCCUGUGAAGACUACUUUUGUGUUAACGCUUGGUGGGGUGUGGUGUGAUAAUACACUUGAAGAUGAUACCCCUUGUGACAAGUCACUUUCGGUGAUAAUUCGUAUGUGGAUUUGGAACGAUGAAGCAUAAAAUCUACAGCAACUGUUCUCUCAUUUUACUACAAUGGAACCUUUGGAAUUCGACGUAAUUGCCUUCUCUCGACAUUUACCCUGGAUUACAAAUAUCUCUCUCUCGUUACCUAUUCCGUGGAUGAACUGAACUUCCAUACUUUACCAUCUCAAGACUCUCAAGCCUUGUUUCCCCCAAGCUCAAUAGUUUGGGAGUUAUAUUUUGUUACGCCCCAACCUCUGAGGGGCCGAAGGGUACAACGUAGCCCCCUCCUUUUUGAGAAUCGCAAGAUCGCUAUGAAUUCAGGUCAGGAGACCCAGGAAAUGAGAGAAAGACACGCAGAAUCCACAUGGGGUUUUUAAUGUCCCAGCCCCUCAGCGAUACAAAGCCACGGGAAAUGGUCAUUGUCACUUGGAGAUGGAAUAGUGUAUUGAGUUCCGUACUAUUUAGUUGAAGCCCUCAGGGAAUGAGCCGAGGGGGCUGGCUGAGAGAUUGCAUCAUUCCAACCUGAUUGACAUCUGAGAACCUGUGAGUAACGAUAAAAGAGGGUCUGGGGAACAACCCCUUUAGACGCACCAGGGAAACGAUAGAAAUCCCGUCUGUCCAUCCUUGCCCGGAUGACGAGUUUUCCACGGAACGGCUUAGCUAAAGGACCGACUACAAAAACAGAACUCUCGAAGGAUUGACAUCAUAAAAAGGAAAGCCGGCAAGUUUGAAACAUCUCUCUCUCUUGACUCCAACAAAAGGCUGCAGCCUGCAAAAAACUUGAGUGACUUUUAUAUUUCCAUCGGACAAUACAUUAUCUCCUAGACAACGAUAGAAUUUUUUCUUAUUGAUUAUUAUUAUACCCGCGCUUUUAGAAUUAGUAUUGACGACGUAUAUUAUCUGUAUGUUUGCAUUGAAAUUAUUUUUGUGUAUAUUUUUCAAUAAAUACUGUUAAAAAUGGUA